CGGCUCACAGCUCCCUCGGCCGGGUCACACAGGGAACCUCCACCCGCUGAAGCUGCUGCUUCUUCAGGUCUGAGGCCCGAGGUGAGCUCCGCAGGUGGGCAGACUCACAUGUUGUGUUGGUCUUGUUUCCAGGGUGGACGCUGAGUUCUGUGCACGGGGCGUCCCUGCUGGGAGGAGUAGAGCAGCCUACGGGAAGCAGCCGGCAGGUGGGCGGUGUCUGUCUGCAGAUCACCUGAGACACGAGAGGCUACCUGGCACCGGCCCUCCCUCCCAUCCCUCCAGCAGCUGUGGGGUUUAAAAAAAAAUUGGGUUUAAUCGCCGUCGUCCAUUUUGGAGGAUCUUUUUAGUUUUCUGGAAGAAUGAGCGCCUACACCGUGUCGCUGCCCGGCCCCGGCCCCUGGGGCUUCAGGCUGCAGGGGGGGAAGGACUUCAACAUGCCGCUGACCAUCUCCAGGAUCACUCCGGGCAGCAAAGCGGCGCAGGGUAACCUGGUCCAGGGUGAUGUCAUCGUCGCCAUCGACGGCGUCAGCACUGAGGGGAUGACUCACCUGGAGGCCCAGAACAAGAUCAAGAUGGCCAACUACAACCUGGCACUCACCAUGACCAAGGCGAAGCGUCCCGUUCUCAUGACGACACCGAGAAUCGACGCCGCUAUUCCCAUGAUCCCUCACCAACAGGUUUUCUCCCCCGCCGCUCCCAACGCCGGCUUCAACCCCGGCGCCCUGGACACCGCCCUCUCUACCCAUAAACCCAUAGAGGUGAAGGGCCCCGGCGGCAAAGCCACCAUCAUCCACGCCCAGUACAACACGCCCAUCAGCAUGUACUCGCAGGACGCCAUCAUGGACGUCAUCGCAGGACAGACGCAGGGGAAGGGGCACGACGCUGGCCCUACUGAGCAUGCUCCAGCCUGUGCCGGCUCCGCCCCCGCUGCCCCGCCUGCUAGCGCCGCUUCGCGGCCUCUGGACCCCGCAGUUGCUUCAUCUAGCCCCGCCCCUUACAGCCCGUACGCUCAGCCUCCUGCCAUGUAUCAGGCACCACAAGCCCCACCUCCACAGCAGUACCAGCCAAUACCGCAGCAGUACCAGCCAAUACCGCAGCAGUACCAGCCAAUACCGCAGCAGUACCAGCCAAUCCCACAGCAGUACCAGCAGCCCCCUUCGCAACAGGUCCCGCCCACUCAGCAGAGCUCCAUUCAGAUCCCUCUUGGCUCCGCCCCUCCCAAGGUGGUCAGCACAGCCUGCAUCUACCCCUCCCAGCCAGCCUCAGCUCCUGCUCCAGUCCCAUCUCAGCCCCGCCCUCCAGCCGCUGCCCCGGCCCCAGCCCCGGCUCCAGCUGGUCCUGCCUCCUCUAACAGACCCCCCUGGGUGUCCGACACCAACUUCGCAGAUAAGUUUGACCCCAGUAAGACCACCACCACCACCACCGUGAAGAUUCAGCCGCUGCCCCAGGCCGCCCCUCCUCCACCGGCAUACAUCCCCAACCCCUCCUCAUCCGCACCUGCAGCUCCCAGCCCUGCCCCCGUUACAUCAAGCCCCGCCCCCUUCCCGUCUGUGGCGAGGGGCGUGGCACAAAGGGCGGAGAGAUUUGCCGCCAGCAGCCGUACGCCUCUGUGUGGGUCCUGCAACAGCAUCAUCAGGGGCCCCUUCCUGGUGGCCCUCGGUCGGUCCUGGCACCCCGAGGAGUUUAACUGCCACUACUGCCACAUGUCUCUGGCUGACGUCAGCUUCGUGGAGGAGCAGAACAACGUCUACUGUGAGAACUGCUACGAGGAGUUCUUCGCUCCGACCUGCGCCCGCUGCAACACCAAGAUCAUGGGGGAAGUGAUGCAUGCGCUGCGGCAGACAUGGCACACCACCUGCUUCGUGUGCGCCGCCUGCGGCAAACCCUUUGGAAACAGCCUCUUCCACAUGGAGGACGGAGAGCCGUACUGCGAGAAAGAUUACAUUUCACUCUUCAGCACCAAGUGUCACGGCUGCGACUUCCCAGUGGAAGCUGGCGAUAAGUUCAUCGAGGCUCUGGGUCACACCUGGCACGACACCUGCUUCGUCUGUGCGGUUUGCCAUGUGAACCUAGAGGGCCAGCCUUUCUACUCAAAGAAAGACAAACCUCUGUGCAAGAAGCACGCUCACGCCAUCAACGUGUAGACUCGCCAUCUGGAGGAGGAGGGGGAUGGGGGCGGGGCCAACCAGCUGCAGUUCUGCCGCUCCUGUCGUCACCGGGGGAAACACUGCCGGGCGAUGACGCCGAACGCAAGCCGAAGACAACAACUUUUACAGACGUGUGUAAACGCUCUUUAUGCAAAAUACACUUUGGUUUGAUUUUGUGCAUUAAUAUUAAAGGUUAAAAUGACGGUGCCUGAUGAUUCUGCUUCAUAACAGGAACAUGUGCAAAAACCAAGUCAAGAUGUUUUCUGUUGUCCAUCCAGCCCACUUUCAUUUGUACUGUAGUGUUUAGUUUUUAUUGUGUUUUACCAGAAACUACUUGUGUGUUUGAUGUGAAACGGAGGACUUUGUACGGAGUCUGGAGUGUGCCAAGUGAAAUAACUGUAGACUUUUUUUAGUGUUAAAUUCUAACAAACUAAUAAAUUGAUAAAUGUGAGAAAAAAAAUAUGAAACUAAACCGAUAAUGCAAUAAAAUAUGCAUCUUUAAUAAUAAUUUCAACGUAAUUUGGUGCGUGAAAUUAGGUUGAAAUUUGUCAAAUGAAUAAAAAAAAAUAUAUAUAUAUAUAUUUCCCCGUGACCCUGUAUGCAGGAUAAGCGGUUGAUGGAUGGGUGGAUGGAUGGAUGGAUAAUUCUCUUUGAAUGCUUAGCUUUAAAUGAAUUUAAAGUUUUUAAUUUAUUUUGCAAUUUGUAUUUUAAUAUUGAAUUAUUAUUUACAAAGUAAGGAAAUACAUUUUUUGGAUACUACAUAGAUUUAUAAUCUAUCUUUAUUUUCCUUUGAGUUUUAGAAUGUAUUAAAUAAAAUGUUUUAAUCACUUUUCUACUUUUUUAAAAAUGUUAAUUUACAAAAUUAUUAUAAUUAAACACAGAAAAUACUAUAUGUAUUCCACUGGCACACUCGAGACGUGUGAACUGCACAGCUGUCUCCCGAAUAUUGUUCUCAUCAGACUGUAUCUUGGACUUGUCUCUGUAAUGUGCCUAUUUUGAUUUGUUUAGGUAUUUUCAAUGCUACCUUAGUUAUUUUUUCACUUUACUAAACUAAAAAAAAUAUGUUUUAUUAAUGUUGGUUAAGCACUACAAUGUAACAUAUUUGACGUGUAGAAUUCACAGACAAUAGGUUUUUUUAAAGGUUAAUUUCGUGCAGCAGAUGGGACAGUAAAGCAUCACUUUUACAUUUAAAAAGACAAAAAAACGGUCUGGAGCCGGUCUGUGCUCUGUGUAACAGUGAACUGCCUUAUCUGAACUAUGUCUGACAUGUGUUAGAAGUGUGUUUGGCAGUAAAUGUAACAUACGUGUGUUUGGAAACAUGACCAGUGACUCUUUCCACUGGCCUCAUUCCAGCAGGUGAACCAUGUUUAGUCAAAUAUGAAAAACAAGUCAAGGUGCACAAUGAUACUGUGUAAGUACACGGUCAGACUAGAACAUGAUACAGCAGAAUUCAUUCACGCAGCAUCAUUAAAUAGGUGGUUCUGUAAGCUUGGGGAUACAGAGACUGGGGGAGGGGCCAAAUGGGGGCCAAGGCCCCCGGAGUUCCCCUUACCAGAGUCAGAAGGUGAAAGGUAGUUGGCUAAUUGGUAGUAUCAUGGAUUGAUUACACGGCUGCAGGCCCACACAAAAUGAUUACAAAGAGAUGCAAUACACAGUAAUGCAAAAUGACUACAAAGAUUAAAAAAAUAACUACAGUGAUACAAAACGACUAUAGAGAGAUACAAAUCCACUACAUAGAUACAAAGUGUCUACAGAGAGAUACAAAACAACUAAAGAGAUACAAAAUGUCUAAAGAGAGAUACAAAACAACUAAAGAGAUACGAAACAACUAAGAGAUACAAAGCGACUACAGAGAUACAAAACGACUACGAGAGAUACAAACAACUACAGAGAUACAAAGCGACUACCGAGAGACACAAAACGACUACCGAGAGAUACAAAGCGACUACCGAGAGACACAAAACGACUACCGAGAGAUACAAAGCGACUACCGAGAGACACAAAACGACUACCGAGAGAUACAAAACGACUAC